AUGAGGUUCGCUACAGCUGUCAUCGCCUUCCUCUCCGCCGGUCUCGCACCGGCCGGUGCCAGCGUCCUGGUCCAGAGAGACCAGUCCGUCAUUGUCAACGAUGACCUCAAGGUCCCCGGCGACUCGCCUUUAGAGCUCUGCCCCAAGUCCCAUGAUGAGGACAUCGUCACAAUCGACAGCGUAGACCUCUCUCCCAACCCUCCUCAGGCUGGCAAGGAGCUCGUCAUCAAGGCUUCCGGCACCGUCAAGCAGAACAUCGAGAAGGGCGCCUACGUCCUUCUCCAGGUCAAGUACGGCCUCAUCCGCCUUAUCAGCACCAAGGCGGACCUGUGCGAGCAGAUCGAGAACGUCGACCUCGAGUGCCCCAUCGAGAAGGGUGUUCUCACCGUCACCAAGUCUGUCGAGCUUCCUAACGAGAUCCCCUCCGGCAAGUACACCGUCUUUGCCGACGUUUACACCGCCGAUGACGUCCCCAUCACUUGCUUGACCGCUCAAGUCGUUUUCUCGCGCAACACCAAGAGCUUCUUCAGCCUGGAGCUCUAA